AUGAUAUAUUUGUCAUAUUUUGAUGCUAUACCUCUUACAAUAGUAACUUUAGGAAGUUGUUUUCUUCUUAUUGUACAAAAAUAUCAUAAAAAAAUCGAUGUUUCACCACAAGUGAUCAAUACUGAUACUACAAAAAUCCGAUUUUCUACAGUUAAGAGGGAUGUCAUCAAAUUAGGAAUUUGUAUAAUCCAAGUAUCUCUAUUUUCAUUGUUAUUAGGUCGGAUGGUAUAUGAAAAUAUUGAUGCUAUACAUGCGGGAUUACUUGUAUUCUGUUGGCUUUAUGCUACGAUAAUUACUCUGAUCGCCAAACAAUCACGUGCAAAGAAUUGGAGAAAGACUUUGAACGCUCACUUAACGGCUAUAGCCUUUACCGCAUUCUUGUGUUCAUUAUGGUACCUUCGAUUUGUGUUUAUCAUGUCAAGAAAUGCAAAACGUUCAGAACAAAUUGCUGCGAUUUGCAAUGUGAUCUCGUCAUUUAUUGUUACCGCAGUAGCCAGUACAACUCCAAGGAGCCCUCCACUUUUUGACAAUGGAAGACCCGUCACACCAAUAUGUUAUUCUUCAAUAUUGGAUUUUAUACUUUUCUCUACCUUGAAUCCCUUGAUCACAAAAGCCUAUUAUAAGGAUGCUUUAAAAGAAUCGGACCUUGAUCAACUUCCAUUCGAUUUACGAGCGCUUGCUUCAUAUCAUAGUUUUAAAUCGUGGCGCAGCAAGUCUUUGCUUUAUAGAAUAUGGAAUGCUAAUAAACGUAUUAUAAUAUAUCAAGUGAUUGCAACAAUGUUCGUAUCAUUAUUAUAUUAUGUUCCUUCUCUUUUCUUAUAUAAUUUUCUCGAAUAUAUUCAAGAAAAUUCAUCAGAUAGAGCAAAUAAUUGGGAUUGGGGUUAUGUUUGUAUACUUGGAAUGUUUAUAAGUAAUAUCCUUUUACUUAUGUCUAUUGGACAACAAUGGUACUGGAGUGCGAGCGCAUUUAAUACUUCAAUAACUGGAAUGUUUAAUGCUGAAAUAUAUGCUAAAAGCUUAAAAAUGACAAAUGGUGUUUGUAUAGAUAAUGUCAAUGAAAAGGAUUCAUCCAAGGACAACAACGCUGCUGCUGUAGGAAAAUUAAUUAAUCUUAUGGCUGUGGAUACAAAUCGUAUUGGACAAUUUUCAAUGUGGUGGACUUUAUUUUUCGAAACUCCUAUACAAAUUAUUAUUUCACUUUAUUUUCUUUAUCAUUUAUUGGGAUUUGCUAGUAUCAUUGGUUUUACGUUCAUGAUUAUGAUCUUGCCUUUAAACCAUCUAAAUUCCAAUUAUUUAUCAAAUGUUCAAAAUAAGCUGAUGAAAGCUAGAGAUCAUAGAAUUAGUUUGAUGAACGAAGUUUUACAGGGAAUUCGAAUGAUUAAAUUAUUUGCUUGGGAAAGAAAGUGGAAAGAACGAAUUUUGGCUGCCCGAGAAAUUGAACUUCAAGAAUUGCGUAAAACGUUCUUAAGUUUAAUAUCUUAUAAUUUAAUCUGGUUGGCAUCUCCAGUAAUUGUAACGAUAAUAAUGUUUUUCGUCUUUACAAAAGUUCAAGGAAAUGAGUUAACUGCAUCAAUUGCCUUUACUUCAAUAACAAUUUUUAAUGAACUACGAUUUGUUUUGACAAAUUUUCCUGAUGUUUUUAUGCAAGGUUAUCAAGCUCUUAUCAGUAUUAGAAGGAUUGAAAACUUUUUGAAUAGUAAAGAAAUCCAGUCUAACAAAUCAAAUAUGAAUAAUGAUUCUUUAAAAAUUGGAUUUAAAAAUGCGAGCGUUACUUGGAAUGAAUAUAAUAAUGAAAUAGGUUGUAAUGAGUUCAUCAUGAAAGAUUUGAAUAUUGAAUUUCCUGUUGGAAAAUUAAGUGUAAUAUAUGGACAUACAGGAUCAGGAAAGACUUUAUUAUUGAUGUCACUUCUCGGAGAGAUUUUCUUCCCUAAUACCCCUGAGGACUUGUGUAAUCCUGAUCCUAUGACAUCAGAUUGGAUUCUGGAUAACUGUGUUGCCUUUGUUGCACAGGAAUCUUUUCUCCAAAAUGCUUCAAUCCGUAGUAAUAUCACUUUUGGGCUUCCAUUUCACAAAGAACGUUAUAAUGCUGUUAUAAAAGCUUGUGCCUUGCAAAGAGAUUUCGAAAUCCUUGAAGAUGGUGAUUUGACAGAAAUCGGGGAGAAAGGAAUUACAAUUUCUGGUGGACAAAAGCAGCGUUGUGCAUUGGCGAGAGCGGUUUAUUCAAGGGCAAAACAUAUAAUUAUAGAUGAUGCAUUAAGUGCUGUUGACGCUCAUACGGCUAAACAUUUAAUGUUUGAUUGUAUAACUGGUCCAUUGAUGGAAGGACGAACACGAAUCCUUGUUACUCAUCAUGUUGGUUUAUCUUUGACAAAAGCUGAUUAUGCGGUUUUAUUAAAAGAUGGUAAAGUUGAAGUUUCUGGUACUGCUAAAGAAUUAAAAAAUUCUUUGGCGAUAGAAACUAAUAAUGAGGUUGAAGAUAUUAUUGAAACAGUAGCUGAAAAUACGAACUUUCAAGUGCCAUCAAAUGCUUUUUCUGAUAAAAGUAAUGAAGAUGAAAUCCGGCCAAUAGAUGAAGGACUGAAUAGUGAAGGAACAACUAUUAAUGAAGAGUCAGAUCAAGAAGAUUCGAUAGUUGCAUCCACGGUUCGCAAAGAUGAAAAUAGAGAUUCGACAAAAACUAAAUUUCCAAAAAAGCUAAUUCAAGCUGAAGAAUAUGCAAUUGGAAGCGUUAAAUUUGGAAUCUAUAUGACGUACAUCUUAGCAAAUGGGCAUUUUUGGUUCUGGUUUAUGGUCACAAUACUCUUCAUAAUCACAAGGUUAUCUCAAGUAGCAGAAAAUUGGUGGUUAAAAGUUUGGUCAAAUGCUAUGUCAAGAUUAGCUUUGCUUUAUUAUGGUUCGUUAAGAGCUUCAAGAAUACUUUAUGAAGCUUUGCUUUAUAAGAUCAUUAGAGCACCAUUAAGGUUUUUUGAUACAACUCCUGUUGGAAGAAUUCUUAAUAGAUUUAGCAGAGAUUUUGAAACUAUAGAUAGCACUUUAACAGGAAAUUUGGCAUUGUGCCUUAAUUUUCUCUUAAUGAUGACUGGUACCGUAAUAGUGAUAACAGCUAUUACAAAGGAAUUCAUAAUUGCUUCACUAAUUUUUAGUGUUGUAUAUAUAAUCCAAGCAGUAUUUUAUACAAAAUGUUCACGAGAUCUUAAAAGAUUAGAAUCUAUUGCAAAAUCACCUACAUAUACACAUUUUGGUGAAACAAUAAUUGGAAUUUCAACCAUUCGAGCAUUUGGCGCAUCAAAAAGAUUUAUGGAUGAGAUUUUAGUAAGAAUUGAUGCUAGUAAUAGACCAUUUUACACAAAAUGCACGGUUAAUAGAUGGUUAUCAAUGAGAUAUAAUAUUAUGGGAGCAGCAUUAACAUUUAUAGCAGGAAUCUUUAUAAUCUUGAAUUUAGAUAAGAUCGAUGCAGGAUUAGCAGGAUUAUCGUUAACAUUUGCCAUGUCAUUCUCCAAGCAAAUUAUGUGGUUGGUCAGGGGUUAUACGACAUUUGAAAUGAAUUUGAAUUCAAUAGAAAGAGUAUGUGAAUUUAUGGAAAUUAAUCAAGAAGCGGCAGAAAUAAUUGAACCUAGACCACCCGCUAGUUGGCCUUAUGACGGUAAUAUUCGAGUAGAAGAUUUAUUAAUUAGAUACGCACCAGAAUUAGAGCCUGUUUUACAUCAUAUCUCUUUUGAAAUAUUUGGACAAGAAAAAGUUGGUAUCGUUGGAAGAACCGGAUCAGGGAAAUCUACAAUAUCUUUAUCAUUAUUUAGAUUUAUUGAACCAUCUGAUGGAAAAAUAAUUAUUGAUGGAAUCGAUAUAAGUUCAAUUGGUACUAUUCGAUCCAACCUUGAUACAUUUUCGCAAUGCGAAGAUCAUGAAUUAUAUGAGUCUUUGAGAAGAGUACGUUUACUGCCAUCGUUAGAAGAAGAGGAGCACCUUAAUUCGCAAGAAGAAGAUUUAAUAACAACACUAGAUGAUUAUAAGAAUAUAAAUAUAUUUAAGAAUUUAGAUACGCCGAUAGCUGAAGGUGGGAAAAACCUUAGUCAAGGGCAAAGGCAGUUAUUAUGCUUGGCUAGAGCCUUAUUAAAAAGAUCUAAAAUUAUCCUUAUGGAUGAAGCAACUGCAAGUAUUGAUUUUGAUAUGGAUGAUAAAAUUCAGGAAAUGAUUAGAAAAGAAUUUAUAGAUUGUACUGUAUUAUGUAUUGCACAUAGAUUGAGAACUGUUGUCGAUUAUGAUAGAAUUCUUGUAUUAGAUCAAGGAAAUAUCAUUGAAUUUGAUAGCCCGCGAAACCUUAUCUCAAAUCCAAAUUCAUUAUUUUAUCAAAUGUGUCAAAAUUCUGGAGAAUUCGACAUGUUAAAAUCAUUAAUUUCUAAAAAUAAUGACAAUAUAUUCGAAUUUUAA